CAAGUGGGGUGAGGGCAAGCACGGGAGGCGAAUAUCUCAUUGUGCCGUACUCUCUCUGGGUGAGGGGUUGCCAGGGGGUCGGGGGCGGGUCGUGCACAUUUCUCAGAUUUCCAUUCCCAGGCUGGAAGAGUGGGCCAAGUUGCCGUGGUCUGAAAUCAGGGGUCCAACCCGUGUGCCUGGGAAAGGCAUCCACGGCCCUCUGUCUCGCCCGCCGCGCCCCAUUUCUCCGCCGGAUAUUAAUGUGCUGGGUACUGGAGAAGAAGCAUGGAGAAAACCAGCAGUGUUUGGUGAUAGCCUGCUGUGGGAAAACCCUGCAACUUCAGAGCAUAUAGAAGACCACAGAAACAUGAAAGUAGAGGAGAUUGUUUGGAAAAAAGAGGAGGAGAAGAAGAAGAAGAAGAAAAGGGAGAAGGAAGGAGAAGGAGAAAGCCCAGGGCUCUGCCAGUCUGAGACCUCAAGUGAUGACGAAAAUGCCAGCAAGGGCCCCACCUUCGAUCCUGAACUGGUCAUCACCCACUGCUUCAAGCAGUUCAAGCAGGAGGACUUCCACCUGCCUCAGAGCCGCCGGCGGGUCAUCAUCUUGCCUCAAAAAGAGGCUCCAAUGCCCAUUAAUCUCAUGGCCCAAACCCAGACUCCCCCAGAGCCGAUCUCCAGCUUCCAAGCCCUGGGAGCUGGGGACAUCCAAGGCCAGCCAGAUGACGUGAGGACCUGGCUGAGCCGGAGGCUGAAGCUUCGCCAGGACCUGGAGUCAUUUGGCAGCGUAGAGAGGUGGCUUCAGAACAAGCCCAGCCUCACACCUUCAGAGGCCAAGGUCUUGCACAUGAUCCAGAAGGAGCAGGAGGACCAGUUGUUAGACCACCUGACUACUAUCAGAGCCACCAAGAAGAGCCCCCGGCCCUCCCGCCGACUGGUGCCCCAGCUCCAGUUGCCCAAGCCCUCUGCCUUAUCAGCCUUGUACUCCUACCUGCACAGCCGCAAGAUCAAGAUCCUGGAGAUAUUUAGCAAAUUGAACGGGGGCGAGCACCAGAAGAUCUCUAGGAAGGAGUUCAUUGUGGCUCUGAAGGCGGUUGGAGUCCCUCUGAAAAACCAGGAGGUGGAAGAUGUUGUGAUCUAUCUCAGCUCUCUGGGAAAGGACUACAGCAUCACCACAGAUAUCCUAGUCAAUACCUACAAGCAGUGGUGUCUGGCUCAUCAGAAAAGCACCCUGGCAACUGCAAGGGAGCAUUAUAGACCUGCCAAGAUCAGAGUUUCCCCAUCGCGUCUGUCCAAGAAGCAGGUGAAUUUAGCCCCACAACCGUGCAAGAUGGACCUGCUGACCGUGCCCGUGGUUGACACCCAGAUGGAGGCGCGGCCCCUGACUCUGGAGGAGAUGGAGGACAUUGGCAAGCGGUACCGUGAGAGGAGGCGGAAGCAUAAGCUCAAGAUCCCUUCCAUCCAGUACACGGAGCGGUGCCGCCUGGUGCGCAGCGGGAAUAAGCACUUUGAUGAGCACUGCCUCCCAUCCACCAUCCAUGGGGAGAUGAAGGAGCUCAUCAACAAGUCCCGCAGGGACAACUUUCUGGUCUACCUGCAGUGCUGCAAGCUCUGUGAGUCCUACGGCCUCCCACUGACAGAGGACAUCCUCGUGAAAGCCCUGCUGUACCCAGGGGACAAGAUCAUUUUCCAGAAGGACCAGGUACGCCCAAUCCGGCAGCCGGGAGGCUACUACUCAGAUAUGAAGAUCUUCAGUCCAAAUCUGGCUCUGCUCAAGUUCCAGGGCUUCAGCGAUGUUGUGGCUAAGAAGACUGACAAGAAGACACCAAAGAAAAUCAAGAAGAUACACUUUAAGGAGUUUGAGGAGUUCACCAGGAAGCUGCAGGCGAAGAGGUCCAGGGGUUCACUGCGAACUCACCCCAAUUUCUUCUGGCCGGGUCACCUCCUGGACAAGCUGCAGCUCUAUCUGCCCACUGUGGCCAUGGACAGGAGCCUGGCACUCUUCAGUUGUGUCCAACCCCAGCCCCAUGCCUACUCAGCCACCUACCACCCCAACCACUGGUGGCCUAUUGGGAACAUGAACUACAUGACCUGUGCCUAUUACGAUGCCUCCAAGGUCUACUACAUCGACUAGAGUGGCCCAGGUGUUGUCCGACCCAGCCAUCCUUGGGCUGUGGCCAGUGCAGCUAGCAGCCCAGAGCCACAGACACAGCGGGAAGUGUAAAGAGCCAGAUAAAAGAGAUCAUUUCAGUGCGAUGGCCUGGAGCCAGCUCUCUCUUGAGCAAAAAUAUCCAGUGUCUCAGAGGGCAGGUGUAUCUAGGGAAAGAUAAGCAGUUUCUGAGUAUUUCCCUGUCUUGACCUCUGCCCUUUUGAAAUAAACCAGAUUGGAGUGUUUUUUCGUGUCA